AUGCCAAGUGCGGAGGAUCCCGCCGGGUUCGACCGGUCGAGGUCAUGGCGAAUCUCCGCGAGCGUGAAGGGGAUCAAGGAUCUCGUCUUUAGGGUACCGAUCGGAGACGGGACGCUGAAGGUCUCGGAGCUCUCGGAUAUGAUCAUGGAGCGCUUCGCGAGGCUCAGACCCGGGGACUCGACGCGUGCGGAGAAGCUGGAGGACGGAGACGGCGCGCUCCUCUUCCCGAACGAGCGCGUCUGCGACGUCCUGUUCGACAAGGGGCGCGUCGUGGCGGUGCUGUCGAACAAGUACACGCACAUGAUCCAGGACGCGGGCGGGGGCAAGAGGCCCACGAAGCGAAUCAAGGGCGCGGGAGGCGGCAUGCAGGUGGUCGCGGUGCAGGCGUACAAACGUGACGACGAUGAGUUCGAGUAUAUCACCCCAACCGUGGAGGAAAUAAUGGACGUGGACACCAGGAGGCAGGAGAAGCGGGUGAAGUGCCCGCUGUGCGACCAGAUGUUCGCCACCGCGUCUAAGGUGGCCUUCCACAUUAAGACGCACAAGGACCACCCCGACCUGCAGCAGGCCAUAAUGGCCAUGGACGAAAACACCGCCUUCUCCGAAGAAAGGGAGCGGAGGUUCUUCUGUCCAUCGCCCAACUGCGCCCACAACUGCGACGACAACGGCGAGCUGGCGCACCCGUUUAUGGACUUUCCCACCCUGCGGAAGCACUUCCUCAGGACCCACGUGGCGGAGAAGCCCCACAAGUGUAAGAUAUGCGACAAGGCGUACGCCCUCAAGUCCGACAUGCAGACGCACGAGAGGGGUUGCGGGAAGGCGUUCACGUGCGAGUGCGGGAGGCGAUACUCGCAGCGGUCCAACCUCAACGCGCACAUCAGGAAAAAAGCCGCCGAGGGCGCCGCCGAGGGUGCGCACAAGCUGAAGCGUCCCGGGCCGCCGGCCAUCGCCGGUCCUGCCGCGGGGGCUGUUAACGUGCCCCCGCCCCCGAGAGGAGCGGAUCCGCAGAGGAGCGUCCCGGAGCUCCUCCACCAUCUCAGCGGCUAG